AUGUCUUUUGCAACGAAACUACUCAAAGUCAGACCUGAAUCUAUUGUUUUCACGAAAGAUCAACCUCUACCUCAAAUCAGUGACAAAGAGACCGAGGAAAAUCUCAAAAUAGCGGCAAAGGAAUUGCAAACGACAAACAACGUCAUUGGGUUUCCUACUGAGACGGUAUAUGGACUUGGAGGUUCAGCAUUGUCUGAUGAGUCUGUUAAAUCUAUCUACCGUGCAAAAAAUAGGCCAGCAGACAAUCCAUUAAUUGUACAUAUUUCCUCCCUUGCUCAACUAAAAAGCAAACUCCUACCGCCAAACUACGAGAUACCUCAACUUUACAAAGAAUUGAUCGAUGAGUUUUGGCCAGGACCAUUGACAAUUCUACUACCAGUGCAUCAAGGGUCACCGAUCUCCCAUUAUGUCACUGCAAAUCAGGAUACAUUUGCCGUGCGAAUGCCACAACACCCGGUUGCAAGAGCGUUGAUUGCAAUAAGUGACUUGCCUUUGGCAGCUCCUUCGGCCAAUUCAUCCACUAAACCUAGUCCUACCAUGGCACAACACGUAAUGCAUGACUUACUGGGAAAAAUACCAUAUGUUUUAGAUGGUGGACCAAGUAAUGUGGGAGUUGAAUCAACUGUUGUGAACGGAUUAUGCUCACCACCAAUGUUGUUACGUCCCGGUGGGAUUUCAGUCGAGGAGUUGAAAAGAGUUGGUGGUAAAGAGUGGGAGAAUGUGCAAAUCGCCAAGCGCACGGCUGAAAGCAAUGAAGCUGUAAAGACACCUGGAAUGAAAUAUAAACAUUAUUCGCCCAAUGCAAAGGUUAUACUAUUUAUCAACUGUGGUGAUGGGGAAGAGCUGAUUAAAGAGUAUAUCAAAGCGAAGAACAUAGAUUUGAGUCAAACUAAAGUUGCACUAUUAAAAUCAAAGCGAUUUAAAGAUGUUGAAGGCAUUAAAGUGGGUAAGGAGUUGGGUAAAAGCGGUGAAGAGAUUUCAAGAAACCUAUUUAAGCUAUUGCGACAAGUCGAUGAGGAGGAUAAGGUGGAUAUUAUAUUUGUAGAGGGAGUGGACGAGACCAAUGAAGGGUUGGCAAUAAUGAACAGAUUGAAUAAGGCUGCCGUUGAAGUAGUUGAAAAGUGA